CGGCCCCGCCGCCGCCGCCCGCGGAGCCGGAGGAGGCGGAGCUGGCGCGGUCCCUGCUCCCGAGCGGGGGAGCGGCCGAGGAAGCGGCGGGCCCCGGCCGAGGCUCGGACGUGGCGACGGGGGAGGCUGGCAGCGCGGGGAGCGCGGCGCCGUGGGGUAGGCGCUCCCGGCGAGAGGAGUCCGCUCCAUGCGUGCGGGCCGAGCCCGGCCCUUGCGAGCCACCGACAUGAAGAAAGACGUGCGGAUCCUGCUGGUGGGAGAACGCCUCCCUGUUUCUGAGGCUGCGUCCUUUUCAGACCCUCUGUCUUCCGUGGGGAUUCUCUUGUCACUGCCAGGCAGGUGCUGGAACAGGCCGACUGACUAAUUGGCGUGAACCGGCUCCCGGGGAAGCUAGGGGGAGGGCUGCUGAACUGUGCGACUCGUGGGCAAGCUAGAGUUGGGAAGACCUCACUGAUUAUGUCUCUGGUCAGUGAAGAGUUCCCAGAAGAGGUUCCUCCCCGGGCAGAAGAAAUCACCAUUCCAGCUGAUGUAACCCCGGAGAGAGUCCCAACACACAUCGUGGAUUACUCAGAGGCAGAACAGAGUGAUGAUCAACUUCAUCAAGAAAUAUCACAGGCUAAUGUCAUCUGCAUAGUUUAUGCUGUUAACAACAAGCAUUCUAUUGAUAAGGUAACAAGUCGAUGGAUUCCUCUCAUAAAUGAAAGAACAGACAAAGACAGCAGGCUGCCUUUGAUAUUGGUUGGGAACAAAUCUGAUCUGGUGGAAUACAGUAGUAUGGAGACCAUCCUUCCCAUUAUGAACCAAUACACAGAAAUAGAAACCUGUGUGGAGUGUUCGGCAAAAAACCUGAAGAACAUAUCAGAACUCUUUUAUUAUGCACAGAAAGCUGUUCUUCAUCCUACAGGGCCCCUGUACUGCCCGGAGGAGAAGGAGAUGAAACCAGCCUGUAUAAAAGCCCUUACUCGUAUAUUUAAAAUAUCAGAUCAAGAUAAUGAUGGUACUCUGAAUGAUGCUGAGCUCAACUUCUUUCAGAGAAUUUGUUUCAACACUCCAUUAGCUCCUCAAGCUCUGGAAGAUGUCAAAAAUGUAGUCAGAAAACAUAUUAGUGAUGGUGUGGCUGAUAGUGGACUGACACUGAAAGGUUUUCUUUUUUUACACACACUUUUUAUCCAGAGAGGGAGACAUGAAACAACUUGGACUGUGCUUCGACGAUUUGGUUAUGAUGAUGAUUUGGAUUUGACACCUGAAUAUUUAUUCCCCUUGCUAAAAAUACCUCCUGAUUGCACUACUGAAUUAAAUCACCAUGCAUAUUUGUUUCUCCAAAGCACCUUUGACAAGCAUGAUUUGGAUAGAGACUGUGCUUUGUCACCUGAUGAACUUAAAGAUUUGUUUAAAGUUUUCCCUUAUAUACCUUGGGGGCCAGAUGUGAAUAACACAGUUUGUACAAAUGAAAGAGGCUGGAUAACCUACCAGGGAUUCCUUUCCCAGUGGACGCUUACGACCUACUUAGAUGUACAGAGGUGCCUGGAGUAUUUGGGCUAUCUAGGCUAUUCAAUAUUGACUGAACAAGAGUCUCAAGCUUCUGCCAUUACAGUAACAAGAGAUAAAAAGAUAGACCUUCAGAAAAAACAGACUCAAAGAAAUGUGUUCAGAUGUAAUGUAAUUGGGAUGAAAAACUGUGGGAAAAGUGGAGUUCUUCAGGCUCUUCUUGGAAGAAACCUAAUGAGGCAGAAGAAAAUUCGUGAUGAUCAUAAAUCCUACUAUGCAAUUAACACAGUUUAUGUAUAUGGACAAGAGAAAUACUUGUUGUUGCAUGAUAUCUCAGAAUCGGAAUUUCUAACUGAGGCUGAGAUUAUCUGUGAUGUCGUGUGCCUGGUGUAUGAUGUCAGUAACCCCAAAUCCUUUGAAUACUGUGCCAGGAUUUUUAAGCAACACUUCAUGGACAGCAGAAUACCUUGCUUAAUCGUAGCUGCAAAGUCAGACCUGCAUGAAAUUAAACAAGAAUAUAGUAUUUCACCAACUGAUUUCUGCAGGAAACACAAAAUGCCUCCACCACAAGCCUUCACUUGCAAUACUGCUGAUGCACCAAGUAAAGAUGUCUUUGUUAAAUUGACAACAAUGGCCAUGUACCCCCAUGCCCGGUUACGCUGUAUGUGCACCUGCAACAGGUGUACAUUUUGCAUCUGUCAGAACUUCCUCAACUCAGACUUGCUGCAAUCUGUAAAGAACAAAAUCUUCACUGCAGUUCUUAACAGGUUAAGAGCCCGGGUAGCUGAUUGGGGUGCCAUGCUGUUAGCAGACGACGAAGGCAGUAUUACUCACCAGGUGCACGCUGUCACCUGUGUAGAAGAUUCCAUCUUCAUGGAGUCAUCUCAUGGUCCACUUUUUCUUGAAGCCAGGCAUGUGACACAGGCUGACCUCAAGAGCUCCACGUUUUGGCUUCGAGCAAGUUUUGGUGCUACUGUUUUUGCAGUUUUGGGCUUUGCUAUGUACAAAGCACUAUUGAAACAGCGAUGAUUAAAAAAAAAAUACGGGCCCUACCAAAAACCAAUACUUUUAUGUACAUUCUGAAUGCUUUAAGUUCUGCCAGAAAUACUGAGAUAUUUAUACAUGCAGAGUUACUUUAUUAAUAUUUGUAAUUCAUGCAUAAGAGUAUUUUAAUGAUAGGUUAUAACUGCAGUAUUAGCUAGCAUAUGAAAGAAACAGCUUAACAGCCAAACUAAAAAUGGCUGAGUUUCAGAGGCCAAAAGGGAUUAUUUUGUAAAUGAUGUACAUAUUCAGGCAAGAUAUGGUCUCCCAAACUGACUCCUAGAAAUGAUGUUUCUAGACGUUUCUACAUGGUAUUGUUAGUGCUCGGUUGGCUCAUUUUCCUAGGUUUAAGUCAACUCAGAGAUUGUAUUUGCUCAUGGAUCACCUAUUUAUUUCACAUUUACUUAGAAUGAUUCUUUGGGUUCUUUAAUGUACAUGAGGCUCAGUUUGCCAUUUUCUCUCCAUUUUUUAAAAUGAGCUCAUCAGUGUCAGCUUACCAACACAACUUCUUUCAGUCACUUAUGGUAGGCCAGCCUUGAAGCCAUCAUGCAGUCUAGAAAAUUGUAUAGCUAGUGUGAGGCUCUCCUUUAAGGAAGGAGGAAGCUAAAGGCCAUUAGCAGAGCUGUUACCUAUGUGAUUAUAUCGUUUCCUUUGUCAGUAUAUUGAAUUUUAUAGCCCUUUCAAUCAAAUGAACAAAAAGAUUUGUAUAUUAUCAAUGUUUUUAGUUUAAAUAAACCAGUCACCAUUACUACUAUUGAAUUUCCUCCCAAAUUGUAAAUCAUUCUAUAAUGGCUGUGUCUGUUAUAGUGUAUCACAGUAGCUGCAUGUGUCAUGAAAUGUUCUAUAUCUGGCUAAGAUAGCCUAGAAGCAGCACUUUUUUAAAUGGUGAAAUAAAUCUAAUGAAUAUAAACUCAUGAUAAACCUAUAUUUUCCAUCAUUGACCUUUUCAAGUAUUUAAAUAAAUAACUGCUAUGUACUGUGA